AUGGCCGCGUCCUCAGCCCGCGCCGCGUCGCCGAAAUGGUGGACGAACAUCGGCGCGCCGAAAUUCGUCGCCGCGCCCAUGGUGGACCAGAGCGGCCUGGCGUUUCGCCUGCUCGCGAGAAAGUACGGCGCCGAGCUCGCCUUCACGCCCAUGAUCCACGCGGGCGUGUCGCAGUGCCCGCAAAGAGGCCGCGGCUACCUCGCGCGCCACUUCCAGACGGGCGACGGCGACUGGCCGCUCGUGGCGCAGUUCGCGGGCGCGGACGAGGACGAGGUCUCGCGGUCCGUGGCGCGCGUGCUCGAGCGCGACCCGACGAACAACGUCGUCGCGCUCGACCUGAACCUGGGCUGCCCGCAGCAGAUCGCGCGCAAGGGCCGCUACGGGGCGUUUUUGCUC